UGGAAAAUACGGCCAUUUGUUUGCUUCUUCUUCUUCUUCUUCGUCUUUUGCUUCUCCACGAAAGCGAUGGGAUUGGGAGAACCUGCAUCACAAUAAUUCCAUGCAAAAUUUAUUGGCCACAAACUGCCAGUGUGCCCGGGGGAUAAAUACCGCGCUAUGCAUCACAGGCGUGCACCGUGCGCGAAUUGCGUGUUGACCUAGAAUGGCGAUUUCUCUGCACUUGUGUCGUUUCUCCACCGGGACGGAGCUUUCCUUGCCGGAUACCAGAUUGUUCCGCCAGCGGAACCCGUACUUUGUGCGAUGCGCUGCCUCCGGAGAAGCUGCAACUUCUUCGCUAGAGGCAGGGACGGACUUCGACGCCAAGGGUUUUAGGCACAAUUUGACGAGAAGCAAAAAUUAUAACCGCAAGGGGUUUGGGCAUAAAGAGGCAACUCUUGAACAGAUGAGCCAGGAUUAUACAAGUGACGUCAUUCAGACACUGAAAGAGAACGGAAAUGAGUAUACAUGGGGAAAUGUUACGGUGAAGCUUGCUGAAGCUCAUGGAUUUUGCUGGGGGGUCGAACGGGCUGUUCAGAUUGCCUAUGAAGCAAGAAAGCAGUUUCCCAACGAGAGGAUUUGGAUCACUAAUGAAAUCGUUCACAAUCCAGUUGUUAAUCAGAAUCUUGCAGACAUGGAAGUGGAGGAUAUUCCUCUUACCAAUGGUGAAAAGCAAUUUGAUGUUGUUGACAAAGGUGAUGUUGUCGUACUUCCUGCUUUCGGAGCUGCUGUGGAAGAGAUGAGGAUUUUGAGCGAGAAGAAUGUCCAAAUAGUUGACACAACAUGCCCAUGGGUAUCCAAGGUCUGGAAUAUAGUCGAUAAGCACAAAAAGGGGGAGUACACUUCAAUCAUCCAUGGAAAAUACUUUCAUGAAGAGACUAUAGCAACUGCUUCUUUUGCUGGGAAGUAUAUCAUUGUAAAGAGCAUGGCGGAGGCAACAUAUGUGUGUGAUUACAUUUUGGGAGGCAAACUUGACGGUUCGAGCUCAACUAAAGAGGCAUUUAUGGAGAAAUUUAAAAAUGCUGUGUCCAAGGGGUUUGAUCCAGACAUAGAUCUCGUAAAAGUUGGUAUUGCGAAUCAAACUACAAUGUUGAAAGGAGAAACUGAGGAGAUUGGAAAAUUAGUCGAAAGAACCAUGAUGCGUAAAUAUGGAGUGGAAAAUAUUAACCAUCACUUCCUGAGCUUCAACACAAUUUGUGAUGCAACUCAGGAGCGGCAAGAUGCUAUGUAUAAACUAGUGGAAGAACCAUUGGAUGUAAUGCUUGUGGUAGGUGGGUUCAACUCUAGCAACACAUCACACUUGCAAGAAAUUGCUGAAGAGCGGGGGCUUCCAUCGUAUUGGAUCGAUAGUGAGAAAAGAAUAGGUCCCGGGAACAAGAUAGCCUACAAGUUGAAGCACGGCGAGCUGGUGGAGAAAGAGAAUUGGUUACCCAAAGGUCCUAUUACAGUCGGCAUAACUUCAGGUGCAUCCACUCCUGAUAAGGUUGUUGAAGAUGUCCUAAAUAAAGUUUUUGAGUUGAAGAGGGAGGAGGAGGAAUCACUAUUGCAGCUUGUAUAGGAUGGUAUAGUUUAGUAUAGAAUAGUCUAUAGAAUAGAAUAGAAGAAAGAUUAUAGUUGUAAUAAACUAGUAAUCAAACCCGAAACUAACACCAGCCAGCCUUCCAUUGUCGCACUAUUGCAUGCUGGAUUCAAUCAAUUUAAGCCUUAUAUAAGAAUAAUAUGCAUAGGGUAAGAUCAUUUUGAGUGAUUAAUUUGGAUAA